UUUUGUUGUUUUUCUAUCAAACUUUCAUCAUCAAUGUGUCUUUUUCCAACUUGAAUUAAAUUGAAAACAAAAACACCGGUACCUGAGAAAAGUUAUGUUUAUUGCAAAAAAUUGGAAUUUCCUAAUAAAUACCACACAAAUUGUAAAAAUUUCCCUACGUUCUAUGUCCGCUUCGUGUAAACAACAAACAAAAGAAUUGAAACCUGUUGUCUUGGGUGCUCCUAACAAAAUGCGUGACAAUCCAGCAGUGAAGAAAAUUGAUACUCCCGAAUUUAAAAGCAUUUUCACUGAAGAGCUUAACGCAUUGGUGGAUCUGUUUAAGAAAUACAACUAUGAGUUGAGAAUAGCUGGUGGAGCGGUGCGUGAUAUUUUAAUGGAAAUUAAACCGAAAGAUGUAGAUUUUGCCACCACCGCCACACCGGAUCAAAUGAAGGAGAUGUUUACCACGGAAAACGUACGCAUGAUUAAUGCCAAGGGUGAGAAACAUGGCACCAUAACGCCACGCAUAAACAACAAGGAAAACUUCGAGGUGACCACCUUGAGAAUAGAUGUGCGCACAGACGGCCGACAUGCAGAAGUGCAAUUUACCACAGAUUGGCAAUUGGAUGCCAAUCGCCGGGAUUUGACAAUUAACUCCAUGUUUUUGGGUUUUGAUGGUACAUUGUAUGACUAUUUUUAUGGUUACGAGGACUUGCAACAAAGGAAAGUGGUUUUUGUGGGUGAUGCCGCUAUACGCAUACAGGAGGAUUAUCUGCGUAUUUUAAGAUAUUUUCGUUUUUAUGGUCGUAUUGCCCGGCAGCCUAAUCAGCAUGAUGAGCCUACUUUACAGGCCAUAAGAAAUAAUGUGGAUGGUUUGAGCCGCAUUAGUGGCGAAAGGAUUUGGUCAGAAAUGCAAAAAAUUGUGGUGGGCAAUUUUGCUGAGGAAAUGGUUUUGGAAAUGAUUAAUUGUGGUUUGGCGCCAUAUUGUGGUUUACCACAAAAAGUCAAUCUGGAGGAAUUCAAAAAAUUGUCUCAAACUUUAAAAGACUUUGAAAAACCUCAUUAUCCUAUUUUAAUAAUGAUUUCAUUGCUACACUCGGUACAAGAUGCCAUGAAGCUGCAUGAAAGAUUAAAACUAUCGGCAUUUGAAAGAGAUUUGGCUUUGUUCAUAACACAACAAAAAGAUAAGGUUGAUUUGGAAUACAAAACCCUAAACGAUUAUCAGAUAUUGUGCCUGCAACCUUAUGCCAAACGGGAAUUCGUAGAGGAAUUAUUAAAAUAUACAAAUAAAAAAGAAUUAUAUAGCGCCUUAAAAGCCUGGACUAUACCCAAAUUCCCUGUAAAUGGCAAUUUACUAAAAGAACGAGGAUGUCCCUCUCAAAAGAAAAUGGGUAUUAUUUUAAAUCAAUUAAAACUCAUUUGGGCUGAAAGCGAUUUUAAGUUAACAGCAGAAGAAUUAUUAGACCAGCACUUACCAGCAGUUAUGGAAAACUUAACAUCACCUUCUCUAUCGCCCAACAAGAAACUCAAAACUAGCAAAUAAUAAAGCAGGGGGAUAAAAUCUGUAUGGGUCUCUUAAAACCCUUUGCACAAUGAUCAGGUACACCCAUUAAUUCCAUAUUAGAAAAGCCCACUUCGGUAGAUAGCAAAUACUCGGUAAAGUUUUUGGGUAAGAAUUUCAUAUCCUUGAAAUUCUGAAAUAUGGUUUCCUGUAAAAAUAAAUAAAAAGAAAAAGUAUAUAUUUAAAGUAAA